AUGCUCACUAUGUAUACACGUAAUAUUGGACCUUAUCACCAUGGUGGUCUAUAUAAACACAUAGGGAGGUCUUAUCCACUCUGCCAGGAAGUUGUCAGACUUUGGAACAGGGAUGUCAGGAACCACAUUGCGAUACAGGCCACGUAUCUAUAGGCAUUCACAACUCCCUGGCAUACAAAUUAAGCAGAAGGUUCUCAAUGGGCCAUUCGUGGGAGGUUCAUGACACAGUCCUAAGUGAGAUUUUACACAACAGGUUAUUUUGCUGUGGGACCUCUUUGAGUUGCAAAUGAAUAGAAUGCUCCCCCUGUUGUGACUCUCAGGGUAACACUUUGCUGAUGUCCUGGAUGAAUGGCCUCAGAUUGCCUUUCCUCGCAUUCCUCUGUUUCUGCAAGUCAUAGGGAAGAUUCAUAGCAACAGAGCCAACAUCAUUCUCCUUAUACCCACUGACUCAGACAGCUUUGGUUCACAGAAUUUCUAUUGAUGUCUGCGCCACCAACACCAAUCAAGAUCUGCCUGUUCCUGGAUCUCCUGAACCCAGAUGAGGGAAGAUGAAGCAUCCCAAUCUGGGCUCAUGCCAUCUCACAUCCUGGUUUUUAGAUGGGCAUUGGAAAUAGGAUGCUUGUGUUCAGCCCCAGUUCAGGUGAUCUUUAGCCAGAGUACUAAAGAGUCUACCAAAACCUAUCAUCAGGCUAAACUGAGAUUCUUUUCAGCCUGGGCGCAACAACAUCAUUGUUCUCCAGAUAGUCUAGAACUGGAAUAGCUGCAGUAUAUCGUGUCCCUGAAGACUUCCGGGGUCUCUGCUGGCUUUUUAAGAGUUUACCUACCAGUGAUUAGUGCCUUCCUUCCUCCAGUGGUCUUUACUCUCACAGCUACAGUAUGAUUCAUGAAAGGCCUGAUCAGGACCUUCCCACCAGGCUUAAACCUACUUCUUAAUGGAAUGUUAACCUCAUCCUGUCCAAGCUCACUAGUCCACCUUUCGACCCCUAGCGACUUGUGCCAUGUCCACCUGUCCAUAUAGAUGGCAUUUUUAAUCACCAUCACCUCAGUUAGGAGGGUCAGCAAGCUCAGAGCUAUCAUGGUGGACCCUCCUGAUACAGCAUUUCACAAAGAAAAGAUUUCUUUUUGACUACACCCAAGUUUCUUCAAAGAUUGAGUUCCACGUCAGUCAAACAAUACUUACCUUUAUUUUUACAGAAACGUCACAUUUCUCUGAAGACACGAGAGUUCACUCCUUUGAUGUCUGGCAGGCCCUGGGGUUCUAACUACAAAGAUCCAAGCCUAUUGGGAAAUGACCCAGACUCUGUCACUGUAGCAGAUAUUCCAUGGGCAAGCCAUAUCAUCCCAGAGGCUUUCUAAGUGGGUUUCAGGAUGUGUCUUAGAGUGCUACAAGAUAUCAAACAUUCUUCCCCUUGGGGGUGUCAUAGAUCACUCCAUCCCUAUAAGACAUUCAGCUGCAGAACAUCUGCAGAGAGGCUACCUGGAGUUUGAUUCACGCAUUUGUGACACACUACGCUCUAGUUCAUGCCUCGGCUGUGGAUGUAGUGGUGGGAUCAGUAGUGCUGCAAGCAUCUUUGCUACCAGCUUCUUCUUACCAGCCUCUGGCCAGCAGUAUUCAGACUAAUCACUCAUGUGUGGAAUAUGCACAGGGACCAUCACUUGAAGUAGUGGAGGUUACUUUACUGUAACUGGAGGUUCCUUCAAGAUGUGUAGUCCCUAUCUGUACUCCACUAUCCCCCUGCCCCACUAUCCCCUAUGCUUUGGGUCCUGUUGGAUAUGCAGAAAGAGGAGGAACUGGAGAGAUGUCAACCCACACUGCCUCUUAAGCCCUUGGUCGGGAGCAUGAGAAGAACUACAUGUGUGGGCCAAUGGACACUGCUUUGAAGAAGUUCUGGACUCGGGUGCAUGUCCUGCAUGCAUACGCAUAUGUGGAAUGUAGAUAGGGACCACCUAUCUCGAAGAACCUCCAGUUACAGUAACAGGCAGAAGUGGGUACCACUUCAUUUAGAUGAUGUAAGACCAGAUAGCCAAGAAGGAACAGGCUCUCUAAAUAGUUCAAGAUCUCAGCCAGAAACAAGCAAAUUAGUGCCAUACAACAACAGACGAAACGAGUCAAGAACUUGGCGCCGUGAUAGAGAGAGAAGAGAUGACCAUGAUGAAGUUUCCAGUGUCAGAAGUGAAGGUGGCAGCAUUCGAGGAUUCUUUAGAGGCAGAGGAAGAGGGCGUGGCAGAGGAAGAGGGCGUGGCAGAGGAAACCCUCGAAUGAACUAUGAGUAUUCAUAUGGUUACCAAGAACUGUAUGGUGAAAGGACCAAUCAGCCAUUUCAACCAGAACUUAAUGCUAGUAUGAUGUAUUACUAUGACGAUGGAACAGGAGUACAAAUGUAUUCUGUGGAUGAAACACUGCUCAAAGAAUACAUUAAACGUCAAAUUGAGUAUUAUUUCAGCACAGAAAAUUUGGAAAGAGACUUUUUUCUGAGGAGAAAGAUGGACCAACAAGGAUUCUUGCCUAUUUCUUUAAUUGCCAGCUUCCAUCGUGUGCAAGCUCUGACUACAAAUGUUAACCUAAUUUUAGAGCAUCCAGGAAGCAUUCUAGAGGGAGAAGACCAGAAUGAUGCUUCUCGCAGCAGCUGGUGGGGUUGUGUGGCUGUAAAGGACAGCACAGAGGUGGAAAUAGUGGAUCAGAAGAUGAGAAAAAGGGUAGAUCCAGAAAAAUGGCCAAUUCCUGGUCCACCUUCACGGAAUCAGCCACAAACUGACUUCUCUCAGCUCAUCAACUGCCCAGAAUUUAUACCAGGAAAAGCUUUUUGUUCACAUACUGAGUCUGCACCAAGUUCUCCAAGAAUGGGAAGCCCAAAGAAAAGCACUGAAACAAGUAAUCUUCAAACAAUGUCUAAAGGAUUAUCUACAAGCUUGCCAGAUCUGGACUCUGAGCCUUGGAUAGAAGUGAAAAAGAGGCAUCGUCCAUCCCCAAUCAAACUAAAGGAAUCUGUGCAUACACUAGAGCACACACCAAGUCAGCAACAGCAGGCCCCACCUUCACAGGAACAAGAACAAGAAGAGCUUGAUUUUUUGUUUGAUGAGGAGAUGGAACAAAUAGAAGGUCGCAAAAAUACAUUUACUGAUUGGUCAGACAAUGAUUCAGAUUAUGAAAUUGAUGACCAUGAUGUAAACAAAAUUUUGAUUGUAACACAGACACCACCUUCCAUGAGAAAACAUCCUGGUGGAGAUCGCACUGGCAACCAUGUGUCUCGUGCAAAAAUUACAUCAGAACUUGCUAAAGCUAUUAAUGAUGGUUUAUACUAUUAUGAACAGGAUUUGUGGAUGGAGCAGGGUGAAAAUGAUUCUACAGCCAUGAAGCAAGAGGUUGAAAACUUUAAGAAACUAAAUCUCAUCAGUAAAGAAGAGUUUGACAGUCUUACACCUGAGCCGAACCAGGAAGUUCUUCCAUGGCCUUCAAGGUCACAACAAGAUUUAACAGAUGAGCUAGCUUGUAAAUUGUUUGGUGUUGUAGAAGUACCUCCAACAACAAUGGCUCGUUCACUGCCAACAGCAGUCCCAGAAUCUCCAAGAGUUCAUCCUGCCAGAACACCCAAAACACCUCGUACCCCAAGGUUGCAAGAUCCCAACAAAACACCAAGAUUCUAUCCUGUUGUUAAAGAAACAAGAUCCAUUGAUGUAAAGAUUCCAAGAAAAAGAAAAACACGACAUAGUACAAACCCUCCUCUAGAAUGCCAUGUUGGUUGGGUAAUGGAUUCCAGAGAUCACAGGCCAAGAACAUCUUCUGUGAGCAGUUCAAAUGCUUCGCCUUCAGAAGGUGCUCCAAAAGCAGGAAGUUAUGGGUGUACCCCUCACUCACUUCCCAAGUUCCAGCAUCCUUCUCAUGAACUUUUAAAGGAAAAUGGCUUUACACAACAAGUGUACCACAAAUAUCGUCGAAGGUGCCUAGUUGAGAGAAAACGGUUGGGAAUUGGCCAAUCCCAGGAAAUGAACACACUCUUUCGUUUCUGGUCCUUUUUUCUCAGAGAUCACUUCAACAAGAAAAUGUAUGAGGAAUUCAGACAACUUGCUCUAGAUGAUGCAAAAGAACACUACAGGUAUGGAUUGGAAUGCUUGUUUAGAUUUUACAGCUAUGGUUUGGAAAAAAAAUUCAGACAAGAGAUCUUCAAGGAUUUCCAAGAAGAAACAAAAAAAGACUAUGAAUCUGGUCAGCUUUAUGGAUUAGAAAAGUUUUGGGCUUAUCUGAAAUACUCUCAAUCAAAAACUCUACCCAUUGACCCCAAACUGCAGGAGUACCUUUGUAACUUUAAGAGACUGGAGGACUUCAGAGUUGAUCCUCCUCUUAGUGAAAUAACUGGGAGAAAAAGACCUUCAGCUUCAGUAGGUGAGGAGAGUGGUUGUCAUAGACAUCAGUCUACAUCCUCUUCUAAGACUCUAAUUGCUGCUGAAACCACAGCUGACAAUCAAUUUCAGAUCCCAGUAAACUUUUACGAUGGGGAUACUGCGCAGGAAUCAAUUGACAAGUUAGGCCAGAACAGCCUUGCCACAAAAUCAACAGAAGGUGACAUAUCUAAAAAAUAGACUUAAGACAAGUUAGUGCUCUUGAGGUCAACUUUUACAUCAAUAUUUUAGUUCAGAAAUUUUCAAGGGGAACUGCUCGAAUGCUUGAUUAAAAACAAAUGUAUGGGAAGACAAAGGAUUGCAUUUUCUUUCACAAGAAAGUUAAUGUUUCCCAUGGUUGGGGGUGGCUGGUUCUGAGAUCAUCAAAGGGUUUCUAGGAAAAUGUCUAUGGUUUCAGUAUUGCUUUCCUUGAGUUAUUGUUUACAAAAAUGGCAUUCCUGUACUAUAUGCAAAAAAUAUUUUGGGGAUGCCUUACAUUUUAGCUCAUACUUCUUAAAGAAGAUACAAUAUAUCCUUGUUACUUAUUGAGCUUUCUUCACCUAAGUUCCCCAUUAUGAAUUAUUAAUUGUAUGUAUCAAAGCCAAAAAGAGAAUGUAUAUUUUUUUAAAUUACAGAAAGGAUCUAAGUUUGUAGGCUCCUUCUUACAUAUAUAAUUAUAAAAAUAUUUGCUUUUUUUGUAAAAAGUAAAAGCAAAUUUAAGGAUGUGAACCUGUAAGGAACUGUGUGCGCUUCUGGAUUCUGUUUAAUUAUUUUGCUUUCUAUUUUUUAUUUCAGGAUCUCCAUAGUUAGUGUUUUGUUAGGUGUGGGGUUCUCUAAGUGGACAUCAGCUGGUUUAGUUUUAAGGAAGUGUUCAAUGCUUGUUUUUAUAUGAAUGUGAGCAAAAGUAAAGUAGAAGGGUAAAGUGGGUGUGUUGAUAUAUAUACUGUCCUAAAUUCACUAAAUAUCUGCAGAUUUUGCAGGUUCAUAAAAUAGCAAAUAACAUUCAAAUCAUCCUCAGUUUCAUAGAGGUUCUUGUUUUUUCAUUUCUCUCUAUUUCAUGGUUAUAAAGUGUGCUACAGGAGGUAUAGCAGAUCGAUUUCUUUUUAGAUUUUAUUUUAAUUUCAACUCAAAUAUUUAGUUUUACUUGUGAGACAAAUUUAAAAAUUAAAGCAGUUAUUCUAAAUUUGUUUUUAUAUUUUAGAAUGUAUGUGAAUGAAGUUAUAACUUAAAAUUCUGCUAGAUAUGAGACUAAAUGAGAUUUCAACAAACCAGUCAAGACAUUAGUUUUAUUAAAUGUAAACAGUUCAAAUAAACAUUCAUUUCUAGUGUUGGAACAUGAGUAAAAUCACGAGUUUUAUCACCCAUAAUUACUUAUUAACUUCAUUUAUUUUGAUUUAGAAGAUUUAGUAUAACUGAGGAAAUGACUUCUUUCUAAGGUACAUGGGAAGAUAGGAAUGAGUUCAUUUUUGCUUUACUUGUUAACUGCCAAACAGCCUUCAGUUAACUUUAUAACUAGAAGUAAUGUCUAACAUUGAUGCCUUAAUACUGGGAGGUGUCCUAAACGACUCAAUAUCCAAAGAAUUAUUUUUAAACUUGUAGUGGAUUUUAGAAGUUGAUAUAACUUCAAGUCCAUUAAAAUUUUCAGUCAUGUUACCUUGUGAAUCUGAAUAGAACAAUUAUGAACACACAUGCACUUGUAAAUGAGUAUAUAGCAGUGGCCUUCCUAGUAGUUAGAGUAAUUUCAAUACACAAUUGAACCUUGUAGAAGUAACCUAUUUUCAAAUGAAAAUAGGAACUAGCAUAAUAGGAAUUGAUGCAAAUGAAUAUUUUAAAUAGCAUCUUUUCAAUGUACUAGUCAUACAUCUCAGAGCUAUGUUUGAUCUAUGCCUCUUUCUGUCCAUGAAAAUGAUGCAAAUGUAAAUUUGGAUUGAAACUGUAUAUACAAGUAAUAGACUUUGAAUAUUUACUUUCACUUCUUUUUCAUUGAAUGAAAUGUGUGCAUAUAUUUAGCAUUCAGUGUGUGUAAUUUGUGGUAUAUCUUUUCAAAUUUUAUAAAAAUAUCAAAAAAC